AUGGACGGUCAGUCGGAUAACAUCCCAGUGACCCCAGCAAACAGGAAGUCCUCAGGAGUCACGGGAACCAGCAGAAAGGUCAAAGACAACGCGGCCACUGGUUCAAACCUGAUGAUUCGCUGGAACAAACUGAACGAGGAAGGAUUCAACGCAGCCACCAGCAUUGUCAACCUGAGGCGUUCUCAGAGUGAGCAGCUGCUCGUGGACGGGUCGGCAUCAGCUUCAUCGCCUUCGUCACAUGGACAGACCGAGUCGCUGCAGGAAGAGUGUCGCAGGCUGGAGGACGUUGUCCAUAAAAUGGUUGCCGUGGUGACGAAGAUGGAGCGCCUGAUGACGUCCCAGCGAGGCAUUCGAGAUCUGGAGGAGUUCCAGUUCGGUCCUGAAGGAAGGACGUCUCCUCUGUUCCACAGCUGGACCGCCAGGCAGUUCGAGGAGGCGGCCGAAACCUUGCUGGACGGUUUCCGUCAGGAGCUGAAGCUGAAGCAGACGAUCCUGCAGGAAGUGGCUCACACUGCGACCCCUGACCUCUGCAUGGUCUACCUGUCCUGCUGGCUGCACCAGCCCUACAUCCCCGACCAGAACCGGCUGACCCUGGAGGCCCUGCUGCUGGAGACCGGCCACCGCCCGCUGUGACUUCGACACGGACUCAGUUUCCAUCUGAGGUCGUCUGAAAUAAAGCAGACGGGGUGUGUGUGUGCGUGUGCGCAUGUGUGUGUGUGAGAGAGAGAGUGAGCAGCAGUGUGUCACUGGUCAUGAGAGGAACAUGAAACGUGUUUAAUCGGCACUCAAACUUUCAACAUGACACACGAAUCAAGUCUUCAGCUUCCUCCAAACUGUUUUCAGUCCAAACGUUCAGUCUGUGAAACGUCUCAAGUCCACUUUAUAAAAAGUAAUAAAAUAGUGCAAC